AUGUUCAAAGCAGAUGAAUUAUUUUGUGAAUUUACCACGAAAAAGUUUCAAGAUGAGAUGAAAAUUUCUAAAAAUUCGAAUGAACAAUGUGUCACCUUUGUUGCUAACAAUACCUCUCAAGUUUGUGAUCAACCGGGUCAGGAUCCGGCACAAAGUUAUGGCUUCAACGUAACCAAUAAUAAAUUGUUUCCACCAAGUUUUGUAGUCCAAAAGAUUUGA